UAUAACUUAAAUCCAAUUUUGGAUCUAAACAUAAUGAUUUUAAGUUUUUUAACAACAAUUUUCAAUUUGUGGUCUAAUAGCAGGUUUGGAUGGGGCUUGUGUUCUGGAAGACACAGUUUUGAUGCUUUUAAUCUCCUGCUGUUGUUAAAUAGAACUUGAAUGGGUGAAAAAUGAAAUGUGGACAAAAACAUUGGAUUCUCAAAACACUAAAUAUAGAUAUUGGUACAAAAAAUUUGAAAUUAAGGCAGAUUCUGGAAAACUGACUCCUAACAGUAAAUCAAAAGGGACUUUUUGUUGCUAUUUGGAAAGCAUUUUCAUAAAAUUAAAAUGAAGAAUACAGCAAAUGUAACCACUAGGAAAAUACUUUCUUCACUUGCCUUCCAUGACAUUCUACUCUCUUGAUUUUCUCUUCUCCUUCUCCUUUGCUGGGUCCUCCUUUUCUUUCCAUCUCUUCAUGCAGGACUCCUCCAGGGUUCAGUCCUUGAUCUUCUUUUUUCAGUUUUCUAUCUACACUCAUUCUAAUGGUUUGAAAUACUAUCUAUGUGCCAAUUACUUCCAAAGUUUGAUCUUUAGCCCACACCUCUCUGUCCUGCUGUAGAAUCAUACAUCCCAACUGACUAGUUGACACCACCAAUCAGAUCACUAAAAAGUAUCUCAAACUUAACAUUUCCAAAACUGAAAUCUUGAUCUUACCUCUCAGAUUUGUUCCAUCUGAACUUUCCCGCAUUUCACCUGAUGGUAACUCCAUCCUUUGAAUCACUCAGGUCGAAAGUCUUGGAGUCAUCCUUGACUCUUUCAUGUCCUCCCUUCAGUUCCAUCAGUAACUUUACCUUCCAGAAGAAUCACUUCUCAACCACCUAUACAAGACUUACCCUGGUUCAGGCCACUAUCAUUUCUUCCCUUCUUCCACACACCCUGCCCCUGCAUAGGCUCUUCUCAAAAGAAGAUUCUGAAUGACGCUUUUACUUUAUUUUUAUUUAUUUUUUUGAGAGGGUCUUACCCUCUCACCCAGGCUGGAAUGCAGUGGCACCAACAUGGCUCAUUGCAACCUAGCCUUCCAGGCUCAGUGGAUCCUACUGCCUCAGCCUCCUGAGUAGCUGGGACCACAGAUGUACACCAUGCCCAAACAUAUAUAUAUAUAUUUUUUACUUUUUGUAGACAUGGGGUCUCACAGUGUUGCCCAAGCUGGUCUUGAACUCCCGGGCUCAAGCAAUCCUCCUGCCUUGGCCUCCCAAAGUGCUAAAAUUACAGGCAUGGGCCACUGCACCAGCCUGAUACUUUGAAGAUGUUAAGAUCAUACCAUUCUUUUCCUCAAAAUUCUAUAAGAGAUCUGCAUCUCAUAUAAAAUAAAAGCCAAAGUCCUUACAAAACCCUACACCACCUGUCCAAUCGCAACACUUCUUGCCUUUCCUGGCUUGCUACUGACUAGGAGCAUUGGAGCUGGCUGUUGGCUUUGCCAGGACAGCUUUUCUCCUUGAUAACCAGCUUUUCUCAGAUUAACAGCUCUUCCCUCAGAUAACUGGUUUAGCCCAUUACCUCCUUCAAAUCUUGGCUCAAUGUAACGUUUUCAAUGAAGCCUACUCUGAGAAUCCUAUUUAAAAUUGCAACGUACUUUGGGAGUCCAGGGCGGACAGAUCACCUGAAAUCAAGAGUACAAGACCAGCCUGGCCAACAUGGUGAAACUCCAUCUCUGCAAAAAUACAAAAAUUAGCCGGGCAUGGUGGCACGUGUUUGUAGUCCCAGCUACUCAGGAGGAGGCGUUUGCAGUGAUCGGAGAUCGUGCCACUGCACUCCAGCCUGGGCACUAAAGCAAGGCUCCGUCUCAAAAAGAUGAAUGUCUCUUCAUCUUCUUUUAUCCUGUUCUAUUUUUUUUCCAUACCAUGUCUUACUCUGUAGCUCACCAUAAUUUAUUUGUAUGCUCAUUUUAGGUUUCCCUCAAGUAAAACGUAAACUAAUCCAGGCACGGUUUUUGUUGUUGUUCCAUUAUUUUGAGGGCUGGGCACAUAGAUGCGCAAGGAGUGCCCAAACUCAUCAUCUCACCCUUUAUACAGCUGGGCAAACUGCCUAAAGUUUCCUCAAGCCUCAGCUUUACUAUUUUCUUGAAUGGCUAAAACUCACAAAAUACAUCUAGCGUGAAAAACUUUGUGACCCCGGAAGUAAAAGGUUAAGGAAGGGGUUCACAGGAGAAGGCUAUUUCCGUUUCCGUACGGAAGCAAAGGAGCCGACACCAUGGCGAAAGCCGGCGAUAAGAGCAGCAGCAGCGGGAAGAAAAGUCUAAAACGGAAAGCCGCUGCCGAAGAACUUCAGGAGGCUGCAGGCGCUGGGGAUGGGGCGACGGAAAACGGGGUCCAACCCCCGAAAGCGGCUGCCUUUCCGCCAGGCUUUAGCAUUUCGGAGAUUAAAAACAAACAGCGGCGACACUUAAUGUUCACGCGGUGGAAACAGCAGCAGCGGAAGGAAAAGUUGGCAGCUAAGAAAAAACUUAAAAAAGAAAGAGAGGCUCUUGGCGAUAAGGCUCCACCAAAGCCUGUACCCAAGACCAUUGACAACCAGCGAGUGUAUGAUGAAACCACAGUAGACCCUAAUGAUGAAGAGGUUGCUUAUGAUGAAGCUACAGAUGAAUUUGCUUCUUACUUCAACAAACAGACUUCUCCCAAGAUUCUCAUCACAACAUCAGAUAGACCUCAUGGGAGAACAGUACGACUCUGUGAACAGCUCUCCACAGUUAUACCAAACUCACAUGUUUAUUACAGAAGAGGACUGGCUCUGAAAAAAAUUAUUCCACAGUGCAUCGCAAGAGAUUUCACAGACCUGAUUGUUAUUAAUGAAGAUCGUAAAACCCCAAAUGGACUUAUUUUGAGUCACUUGCCAAAUGGCCCAACUGCUCAUUUUAAAAUGAGCAGUGUUCGUCUUCGUAAAGAAAUUAAGAGAAGAGGCAAGGACCCCACUGAACACAUACCUGAAAUAAUUCUGAAUAAUUUUACAACACGGCUGGGUCAUUCAAUUGGACGUAUGUUUGCAUCUCUCUUUCCUCAUAAUCCUCAAUUUAUCGGAAGGCAGGUUGCCACAUUCCACAAUCAACGGGAUUAUAUAUUCUUCAGAUUUCACAGAUACAUAUUCAGGAGUGAAAAGAAAGUGGGAAUUCAGGAACUUGGACCACGUUUUACCUUAAAAUUAAGGUCUCUUCAGAAAGGAACCUUUGAUUCUAAAUAUGGAGAGUAUGAAUGGGUCCAUAAGCCCCGGGAAAUGGAUACAAGUAGAAGAAAAUUCCAUUUAUAAAGUACUGAGAGAAUAAUAUUGGAUUUUGCUGAACAGGCCUAUCUUGAACUUUGGUAAAUUAUUUUUGCCAGAAUACUCUUUUCAAAAUGGCAUUUGCUGAUUUCAUAAACCUUUCACGUCUGGACGAAUUACCAAAUGCCAUGAAUUGCCACUGUGUGUUUAUGUAGAAAAUACAAAUAAAAGUUAUUUUGAUGGCUUAGGUUUCCUUAAA